AAUAUACACAGACACUCACACAUAAACUCUCUCUCUCUCUCUCUCUCUGCAAAUAUUUUGCCUGUGGAAACGUUAAGCGAGAGACAAUCCAAGCCAUAAUGUCAUGUUUUAGAUCAAACCCAUCAGUUUUUCUUCUCUCUUUCUCUCUCUUCUUUUUCUUUUCCAUAUCUUCAUCCUUUGCAAACUCUCAUGUCCAUCACACUCUGCACAUUCCAGAUGCAUUUGUUAAGAGAGAAUAUGGUGGGGUGGUCAUAUGGAACACAAGGAGGUCAGUUGCAGAGGAGAGCAGUACAGGAAACUCGUCUCUGAUAUUGGCAGAGAAGAGGACGUUCAGGAAGGACCCUCUUGAUAGCUUUAACCGCUACCCUGGUGGUUGGAAUAUCAGCAAUCAACAUUACUGGGCUUCUGUAGGUUUUACAGCGGCUCCAUUCUUUGCCAUUGCUGCUGUUUGGUUUUUGGUUUUUGGGAUAAGCUUGUUCUUCAUCUGUUGCUGCUAUUGCUGUUGUCCAAGAGAGCCUUAUGGAUAUUCUCGAAUUGCCUAUGCUCUCUCCCUUAUUUUUCUCGUCCUGUUCACCCUUGCAGCAAUUGCUGGAUGCAUUGUUCUGUACACUGGUCAGGGGAAGUUCCACAGCAGCACAACCAACACACUCAAUUAUGUUGUGAAUCAGGCAGAUACCAUUGCUGAAAACCUCAGUAAUGUGUCCGAUUAUCUUUCUGCAGCUAAGAAGAUUGGUGUGCAUUCUAUAUUUCUGCCAUCAGAUGCCAUGAAGAACAUUGACAAUAUUGAAACAAAGAUCAACUCUUCUGCUAGCACUCUUUCUAAGACUACUUCUGAUAAUUCAAAGAAUAUUCAAGAUGUCCUGAAUAGUGUGAGACUGGCUCUUGUUAUUGUUGCGGCUGUUAUGCUUUUCUUGGCAUUUCUUGGAUUUUUAUUUUCCGUUCUUGGGAUGCAACCCGUGGUAUAUUUCUUGGUGAUGAUUGGGUGGUUUCUUGUUGCUGGCACAUUCAUUUUAUGUGGCGUAUUUCUCCUCCUCCACAAUGUGGUGGCAGAUACAUGUGUUGCAAUGGAUGAAUGGGUCCAGCAUCCGACUGCAAAUACAGCUUUAGAUGAUAUACUCCCAUGCGUGGACAAUGCAACUGCCCAACAAACCCUAAUACAAUCCCGAAAUGUCACCAACCAGCUUGUUGUUGUGGUUAACACCAUGAUCACCAACAUUGCUAAUGCUAAUGCUAAUGUCUCUUCCACUCCCGGACUUCCCAAAUAUUACUACAACCAGUCUGGCCCAAUGAUGCCUGUUCUUUGCAAUCCUUUUUAUUCUAAUCUGACGAUUAGGCAAUGUGCAACUGGUGAGGUGAACUUGACCAAAGCUCCAGAGGUGUGGAAGAAUUAUGUUUGUCAAGUUUCAGCAUCUGAUAUUUGUACCACAACUGGCCGGUUGACCCCCACGUACUACAGCCAGAUGGUGGCUGCUGUAAAUGUGAGCUAUGGUUUGUAUCAUUAUACUCAGUUCCUGGUUGAUCUGGAAGACUGCACAUUUGUGCGGACCACGUUCACAGACAUUGAUAGAGACCAUUGUCCUGGACUGCGAAAAUAUAGCAAAUGGAUCUAUGUUGGGUUAGUAUUGGUAUCUGCAUCUGUAAUGUUCUCAUUGAUCUUCUGGGUUAUUUAUGCAAGAGAGCGACGUCAUCGUGUAUAUACUAAGUCCAGGGAUAGUAGAGCCAUGGGCUUCGAAGGCAAGGCUACAUAGAGUUCUUCUAAUCUAAUUAUCCUUGUUAGGUGAAGAAGUUCUUAUGUAUAUUGGAGCCGUAUAAAACAUCUGUACAUUAUGGUAGUGAUCCGUAGUUUGUUGAUUAUGUGAGUGUAGGUAUUUGUAUUGAUAUUUGAUAGCCGCAGCCUUCAAGGAUAUAUGGUAUGUUUUGGCUCACUUAUGAGCUAUGAGCCUAUGACGCUUUAAACUCAGGAAAUUUUUACUUUGAAGUUUCAAGCUAGAAAA